CUCCCCUCCCUGCCCUCGCUCCCGCGCUCGCCCUCAGCGCGGCCUCCGCCAUGACGGAGGCGGGUGCCGGUGCCGUUGCCGUUGCCGCCGCUGCCGUCGCAGGGGGGGAGUCGGGUUCCCAGAACGUAGCUUGAUGAGUGUCCAAAGUAGCAGUGGAAGUUUGGAGGGGCCGCCAUCUUGGUCCCAGCUCUCCGCGUCUCCAACCCCGGGCUCGACGACGGCGGCCAGGUCCCUGCUGAAUCACACGCCGCCAUCCGGGAGGCCCAGGGAAGGCUCAACAAAUAAGGAAAGCGCUAAUCACAGUUUUGGAAGCUUGGGAUCUUUGAGUGACAAAGAAUCAGAGACACCAGAGAAGAAACAAUCGGAAUCAUCCAGAGGAAGGAAGAGAAAAGCAGAAAAUCAGAAUGAAAGUAGUCAGGGAAAAAGUAUUGGGGGACGUGGCCACAAAAUUAGCGACUAUUUUGAAUACCAAGGUGGAAAUGGCUCAAGUCCAGUAAGAGGCAUACCUCCUGCCAUCCGUUCUCCUCAGAAUUCACAUUCACAUUCCACUCCUUCCUCAUCUGUUCUACCGAAUAGCCCUUCUCCUACUGCAUUAGUUUUUGGGGACCACCCUAUUGUACAACCAAAGCAGUUAUCCUUUAAAAUUACCCAGACUGACCUUACAAUGCUGAAGUUAGCAGCAUUAGAAAGUAAUAAAAACCAGGACCUGGGAAAAAAGGAAGGUCGUAUAGAUGACUUGCUCAGGGCUAAUUGUGAUCUCAGACGGCAGAUAGAUGAACAACAAAAAUUACUUGAAAAAUACAAAGAACGAUUAAAUAAGUGCAUAUCAAUGAGCAAGAAACUACUUAUCGAAAAUACACAAGAAAAACUGUCAAGCAGAGAGAUGAGUAUGCAAGACAGAUUACGCCUUGGGCAUCUCACGACAGUUAGACAUGGUGCUUCAUUUACUGAACAAUGGACAGAUGGUUUUGCAUUUCAGAAUCUUGUAAAGCAACAAGAAUGGGUGAAUCAGCAAAGGGAAGAUAUUGAAAGGCAAAGGAAACUUCUAGCCAAACGCAAACCUCCCACAGCUAAUAAUUCUCAGGCACCCUCUAUCAAUUCUGAACCAAAACAAAGGAAAAACAAAGCAGUCAAUGGAGCAGAAAAUGAUCCCUUUGUUAGACCAAAUUUACCACAACUGUUGACUUUGGCAGAAUAUCAUGAACAGGAAGAAAUUUUCAAACUUAGACUAGGACACCUCAAAAAGGAAGAGGCAGAAGUCCAGGCAGAACUUGAACGUUUGGAAAGAGUCAGAAAUCUUCACAUUCAAGAGCUCAAAAGAAUAAAUAAUGAAGAUAAUUCACAGUUCAAAGAUCAUCCAACGUUAAAUGAAAGAUAUUUAGUACUCCAUCUGCUUGGUAGAGGUGGCUUUAGUGAAGUGUAUAAGGCUUUUGACCUUUAUGAACAAAGAUAUGCUGCUGUGAAGAUCCAUCAGCUUAAUUAAAGCUGGAGGGAUGAGAAGGAAAACUACCACAAACAUGCCUGCAGAGAGUAUAGAAUACACAAAGAACUGGAUCACCCCAGGAUAGUUAAACUCUAUGAUUAUUUCUCCUUGGAUACAGAUACGUUCUGUACAGUGUUAGAAUACUGUGAAGGCAAUGACUUGGAUUUCUAUCUGAAGCAACAUAAAUUAAUGUCAGAGAAAGAAGCUAGGUCUAUUGUAAUGCAGAUUGUAAAUGCACUAAGAUAUCUCAAUGAAAUCAAACCCCCUAUUAUACAUUAUGAUCUCAAACCAGGAAACAUCCUUCGGGUAGAUGGAACAGCAUGUGGAGAAAUCAAAAUUACUGAUUUUGGUCUGUCCAAGAUUAUGGAUGAUGACAGCUAUGGUGUAGAUGGAAUGGAUCUAACUUCCCAAGGGGCAGGCACUUACUGGUAUUUACCUCCUGAGUGUUUUGUAGUUGGAAAGGAACCACCAAAGAUUUCCAACAAGGUUGAUGUGUGGUCAGUCGGAGUCAUCUUCUUUCAGUGUCUUUAUGGUAGAAAACCAUUUGGUCACAAGCAAUCUCAACAAGACAUUCUUCAAGAAAAUACAAUAUUAAAAGCCACAGAUGUCCAGUUCCCUGUAAAACCGGUUGUAAGCAGUGAAGCAAAGGCCUUUAUAAGACGCCUUUUGGCAUACCGAAAAGAAGAUAGUUUUGAUGUGCACCAACUGGCAAAUGACCCCUACCUUCUCCCACACAUGAGAAGAUCCAAUUCUUCAGGAAACUUACACAUGGUUGGGCUGACAGCAUCCCGUACACCCCCUUCUUCUAGCAUAAUUACUUACUGACUUUCCUCCAAAAUUGGCAUGAUGUCUUUGAAUUGCUUCCAGAUGCAUACUUGAGUUUGAGAGCUUUUGAGUGUUUUUGUUGUUUUCUUUUUUACACAGGA